UUCGAAUCAUAUCAACUCAAAAACUCGCGCGGUCCAGCAAUGUCCGAUAUUCGAUUUUAUUCCUUUGAUAACGAUUACCACACAAAUAUCUCGGAAAGCCUACUGAGUCUACCCUUCAGCCAGCCAUCACCACGUCCUUAUAGCUUUACUUUCGAUGACGAAGAGGUUUCCACCGAGCUCAACAUUCCAUAUGCCGUUUUUGAAAUUCUCGUUGCCGUAUUUGCCAUUGUUGGCAAUCUGAUGGUUAUUGUUGUCUUCCAUCGCGAACGGAAGUUGCGUAGACGAACGAACUACUACAUUGUUUCGCUGGCAAUUGCUGACUUCCUGGUAGGAUUGUUGGGGGUGCCUUUCGCGGUUUUGGCGUCGGUGGGAUUGCCACGGAAUUUACACGCCUGCUUAUUUACAGUUUCGUUGCUGGUUGUAUUGUGUACGAUAUCGAUCUUUUGUUUGGUAGCUGUGUCUGUGGACAGAUAUUGGGCCAUAUUGUAUCCGAUGGCAUAUUCGAGGAAUGUCAGGACGAAGACAGCAAUUGGUAUAAUUUCAAUGUGCUGGAUGGCUGGAACGAUUGUCGGAUUCCUACCACUUUUUGGCUGGCACGCUGAUGUAGAACACAAUGCAUCCUGCCUCUUUGUAAAAGUUAUGGACUACAAUUAUCUCGUUUUUCUAUAUUUUGCCACAAUAAUAACUCCAGCUCUCCUAAUGUUGGCAUUCUAUGCUCAUAUAUACCGAGUUAUAAUCAAACAGCUAAGACAAAUUGUAACAAUGAAUCCAGUUGGUGAUUGUAGCCGAAGAUCUUCCUCAACACAAAUGCAUUCAGUACAUCAUCGAAUAUGUCAUGGUGGGACAAUGCUGCGAGUCCUGGGUGCAGCUAGAAAAAGAGAUGUUAAAGCUACACAAAAUCUCUCAAUUAUCGUUUUAUUCUUUAUGAUCUGUUGGAUUCCUCUGUAUACGAUCAAUUGUAUAAAAGCUUUCUGUCCUGAUUGUUUUGUUCAUCCAAAGUUAACGUUCUUUUGUAUAAUUUUAUCGCAUUUGAAUUCGGCUGUCAAUCCGGUAUUGUAUGCUUAUCAUUUAAAAGACUUUAGGGCAGCUCUAAAGACCCUAAUUUUGAAAGUUAUUGGGGUGGAAAUUGAGCAGCCGGCAGAAGUAGCGCAUCGAUUUUCGUUGGCUAGUCAACAUCGCCUGCAAUCGCUUGAUACUAAAAGGUCUUCUUUGCAAGCGAGGAUUUAUAUUGAUUCUCCAAUAUGGCUUCGUCAACAACAACAACAAACUUUGAAAAACGAUCUCACAGUUAAAAAGUGUCCCCGAAGUCCUUCCAUCAUUACCAACAGUCUUGCUGGGGUCCAUCAAACUGUUGCUGCAGUAGCAUCGGCUACAGCUGAAAUAGAUCGCGGUGUUUGGAAUAUUAUCGAAGCUUCUAGCGGUGCAGAAAAAGAUGAAAACCAUCACCAAAAACAUCCAUCAUCCUCAAUCGAAGGACGUGAAAGUCCAUAUUCCUAUGAUAAUCACAACUACUCAUCCAGUCCCGACGACCUAGAAUACGAUGAAGUCUUCCUUAACGCUGAACGAAAUGAUUGUCAACCUACAACAACAACUGCCACAUCAAUUCGUGACAGAUUUCGUUCGGAUGAUGAUUCCAUCAAUGAAAAGUACAAACUAGCACAAAGUGCUCUAACCGAUUCGUCGAUAAGUGACUUUGAAAUUCCCCGAAGUCAUUUGAUACCUGCUUCCAGUGAAACAACAGUCAGUUAUAGCCCAUCGAAUGUUGAUUUCGAAAACUGCCCACCUUUAACUAUGAACACUGAUAGCAGACAUUCGCCAAAUAUCUUUGUGAUAGAAAAUGAUACAAAUCCGCUAUCGCCGGGACAUAAGCCGAAAUUUAGAAAAUCACCACGUUUGUCGGUGGGUUUGGUAGGGACGCGUGCUAAAUGUAGAAUAACUCGAUCAUGCAGCUGUACCGGUGACACAGAACUAAUAUCGUCAAAUAGUAAUAAUAGUAUAAAUAUUUUAAGUAGUAGUAAUACAAAUAACAAUACUAGUAAUAGUUUUGGAGAGAGAUUUAGUCCACUAAAAUCGAUGAGCAAUUUUAUAUUUCCACCAGUUAAACAUUCCAAUUCUAGUUUUGUUCAUAUUUUUACUGGAAGUACUGCUGGGCAAGAUGAAAAUCAUCAAGAACAACAAAUAGUGGAGAGUUGUGCUUCGAAUAGUGGUAAUUGUAAAAUAGUUAGACAAAGGCCAACUUCUGAUAGUUAAAGGAGGUUUUUGGUGUAUAAGUGAUUCCAAAGAA